AUGCUUGUGUUCGCGCAUUCUCAUCAUCCAUGGAGUUCGAUUUCACCAACCAUUCAACUUCUCGGAAGCUGCAAAACUUCGGAAGACGUGAACAAAAUCCACGCGCGAUUGAUUACGACUGGAUUCAUCAAAAGCCCUGAUCUCACUACGAGGAUCGUUCUCGCUUUUGCCGCUUCUCGACGCUCUUAUCUCGCCGAAUUCGCUCGUUGUGUCUUCCACGAGUAUCAUGUAUCUUCUUUCGUGUCUGGAGAUGUUGAAGAUCCGUUUUUGUGGAACGCUGUGAUUAAAUCUCAUUCUCAUGGAGUGGAACCGAGAAAAGCUCUGCUUUUGUUCUGUUUGAUGCUCGAGAAUGGUGUUUCCGUGGACAAAUUCUCCUUGUCUCUUGUUUUAAAAGCGUGUUCGAGAUUAGGUUUUGUAAAGGAAGGAAUGCAGAUACAUGGGUUUUUGAGAAAGACUGGAAUUUGGUCGGAUUUGUUUCUGCAGAAUUGUUUGAUUGGGUUGUAUUUGAAAUGUGGUUGUUUAGGUUUUGCCCGCCAGGUAUUUGAUAGAAUGUCGCAAAGAGACUCUGUUUCUUAUAAUUCAAUGAUUGAUGGGUAUGUCAAAUGUGGAUUGGUUGAAUCUGCGCGUGAAUUGUUUGAUUUGAUGCCAAGUGAGAAGAAGAAUUUGAUAUCUUGGAACUCUAUGAUAAGUGGGUAUGCUCAGAGAGCAGAUGGAGUUGAUAUAGCGUCAAAUCUGUUUGAUGAAAUGCCCGAGAAGGACUUGAUUUCGUGGAACUCGUUGAUCGAUGGAUAUGUUAAACACGGAAGAAUCGAGGAUGCGAAAGAUUUAUUUGAUAAGAUGCCGAGAAGGGAUGUAGUUACUUGGGCUACUAUGGUUGAUGGAUCUGCAAAGUUAGGUUUUGUUCAUCAGGCUAAGAGUUUGUUUGACCAAAUGCCUCAGAGAGAUGUUGUGGCGUAUAACUCCAUGAUGGCUGGUUAUGUUCAAAACAGGUAUCACAUGGAAGCUAUCGAUAUAUUUAACGACAUGGAAAAGGAGAGUCAUUUGUCACCUGAUGAAACAACUUUGGUGAUAGUUCUUUCUGCAAUUGCUCAACUUGGUAGAUUAUCCAAAGCCAUGGAUAUGCAUUUGUACAUUGUGGAGAAGAAGUUUCUUUUAGGUGGGAAACUCGGUGUUGCUCUCAUUGAUAUGUAUUCGAAAUGCGGAAGCAUACAACAAGCCAUGGGAGUUUUCGAGGGAAUUGAAAACAAAAGCAUAGAUCACUGGAAUGCUAUGAUUGGUGGGCUAGCUAUUCAUGGUCUUGGAGAAUCCGCAUUCGCUAUGCUCUUACAGAUCGAGAGACGCUCCAUCAAACCCGACGAUAUCACCUUUGUUGGAGUCCUAAAUGCUUGCAGUCACUCUGGGUUGGUGAAGGAAGGCCUUCUCUGCUUCGAGCUCAUGAAAAGAAAACAUAAGAUAGAACCAAGAUUGCAACACUAUGGAUGUAUGGUCGACAUACUAUCAAGGUCAGGAAGUAUAGAGCUAGCCAAAAACUUAAUAGAGGAAAUGCCGAUUGAACCUAACGACGUCAUAUGGAGAACGUUUCUCACCGCUUGUAGUCACCACAAGGAGUUUGAAACAGGAGAGCUUGUCGCGAAACACCUUAUUUUGCAGGCUGGCUAUAACCCGAGCUCAUACGUGCUUCUCUCUAACAUGUAUGCUAGUCUUGGAAUGUGGAAGGAAGUUCGUAGAGUUAGAACGAUGAUGAAGGAAAGAAAAAUACAGAAAAUCCCUGGAUGUAGUUGGAUCGAGCUCGAUGGGAGCGUCCAUGAGUUCUUUGUAGAUAGCAUGGAACUUUCCAAUACAUUAUAG